AUGGCCAUGUCCACCCUGUCCGCCUGCUCCAGCGACCUGAGCUAUGGCAGCCGCGUCUGCCUGCCCGGAUCCUCGGACUCCUGCCCCGACUCCUCCUGGCAGGUGGACGACUGCCCAGAGAGCUGCUGCGAGCCCCCGUGCUGCGCCCCGGCCCCCUGCCUGACCCUCCUGUGCGGCCCCUCCUCCCCCUGCCAGGGAGACUGCUGCAAGCCCGUGUGCUGCACCCCUGUGUGCUGCAAGCCCGUGUGCUGCACCCCUGUGUGCUGCAAGCCCGUCUGCUGCACCCCUGUCUGCUGCGAGGACUCCCCCUGCUCAGCCCCCUCCUGCUGCCAGCCCAGCCCCUGCUGCAGACCCUCCUCCUGCGUGUCCCUGCUCUGCCGCCCCGUGUGCAGGCCCGCCUGCUGCACCCCUGUCUGCUGCAAGCCCGCCUGCUGCACCCCUGUCUGCUGCAAGCCCGUCUGCUGCACCCCUGUCUGCUGCAAGCCUGUCUGCUGCACCCCUGUGUGCUGUGAGGAUUCCUCCUGCUCAGCCCCCUCCUGCUGCCAGCCCAGCCCCUGCUGCAGACCCUCCUCCUGCGUGUCCCUGCUCUGCCGCCCCGUGUGCAGGCCCGCCUGCUGUGCCCCUGCCUCUUCCUGCUGCCGUCCGGCCUCCUGCGUGUCCCUGCUCUGCCGCCCCGUGUGCCCCCGCCCUGCCUGCUGCGGCCCUUCCUCAGGCCAGUCCUGCUGCUGA